UAGGCACGUGAGUGAACAGUCAUAUAAACAAUCUCUUAAACGUUGUACAAAUCGACUUUUAUCAAAAUAUAUAGAAUGGCAGUUUUGAGUUUAUCAUCGUACAUAUUCGCCACAAUCUUGGUUGGAUGUUUUGGCUUCGUUCUCUUUUCUGUUGCAUAUUUGUAUUACAUUCACAAAAUCAACGAUCAUUUGCCGGGGCCACCUCGUUCGAGUUUCAUAUUUGGUCAUCUUCCUGAUAUAGAGAGAUACCAAGCCACAACAGGCAGAACACUGGACGAAUUUCUGCUGGAAAUACGACUUGAAUACGGACCGAUAUUUGUCUUACAUUUUCUACACUUGCCUAUUGUGUUUCUGGCCGAUGCGACGUAUUUGCGACAUGUUUUCAUAGACAAUUACAAGAGCCUACAUAAGAGUCCCUUCUUGUACGACAAAAUCGGUUUUAUUUAUGGCGAGAGGGGGUUGGGUUAUGGCUUGUCCAACAAUACAAACGAAGAAUCCUGGCGCAAACGUCGGCAAAUUAUGAAUCCCGCAUUUCAUCGCAAGUGCCUUAAAGAGUUCAUCAAUAAUUUCAAUGAUGUCUCUGAUCUCUUUUUAACCCGGAUGGAUACACUUGUCGAUGGUGGCCAGCCAACCAGUAUGUUACAGGAAUUUGGUAAAGUAACUCUCGAAGCUAUAAGCCAAGUAUCGUUUAAUAUUAAUACCAAUGUUAUUGAAGACUCGAAUUCCCCCUUUCCAGCAGCAAUAAGAGACUACGUGAGCGGCGUGCAGGACAAUUUCGACAACCCUCUUAGCGCCACCCUACUGGGAAUAUUCCAGUUCAAGCUUUUCCAGAACGCUACCAAAAGAAAGCAAAUUGCUGCAGCUCGAUUUCUCAGAAUGUUUGCCUCAGAUUGUAUUAAAACUCGAAUGAAAGACAUUGCUGAUGGGAAAGCUGUUCCAGAUGACUUGUUGAGCAUUUUAAUAAAAAAUGGAAGUUUGUCAAUGGAGGACAUAAUUGACGAAUUUUUGACCGUUUUUCUCGCCGGACAAGAGACAACUGCUAAUUCCUUGUCUUUUACCUUGUAUGAAAUCAUUAGUAAUCCCCAUGUCGAGGAGAAACUUUUGAACGAACUGGACACUGUUCUUGCUGGACGUGAUUAUGUUGAGUUUGAUGAUUUGGCAAAAUUGACGUAUCUUGGUCACGUAAUUGAGGAAACCUCCAGAAAACAUCCUGUAGCAACACAAAUACCAGCAAUGGUGGCGACAGAAGAGAUCAAAAUCGGGGGCUAUAUCGUUCCAAAAGGAGAUUCGAUCCACUCUACACCACUACUUUUUGGAAUGAACCCUAAAAUUUGGAAGGAUCCUGAGGUCUUUGAGCCAGAGCGUUUCUCCAAUACCGAGAACAUCCCAAAUUUCAGCAUGACCCAUUUCCCCUUUUCCUUUGGCCCGCAUAAUUGCAUCGGACAGAUGUUUGCAAAGUUUGAGUCAAAAGUUAUUCUUGCAAAACUAUUGCGGAAGUUUCAAUUCAAACUAUUGCCAGGUCAGACUGACAGAAUGUUGGAAAGACUGAUCAAUACUCCACGAGACGGUGUGAUGUGUGAAGUCAGUAGACGUGAAUAAUGAGAGCAGAACAUUCAGGGUGUUUUCACCUCUUGUAAUAAACACUUCUUCUUUUGCAUUCCACGAAGAUUCUUGUAUUGAAUGUUAAACGUAUAGAUUUUCUCUUCAAUACGAGAAAUAAAUCCAUAUUUCCAAGCAACCAUGUAAUAUUCUGUUUUUUAUAUGAACAAAUUAUUUCACAAAUUCAAAAACUGGAACGUUUUACAACAGAUUUUUUGAUUGGUCGAACAUAUAUUUCCUAAGCGGUUAUUGAUUGGCUUGCGAAAAUGAUAUUUUUUACACGUAAAAAUAUCGUAUUUUUACGUGUGUUUUAAUACGAUUUUUCUCGGUGGCGUAAAACUCUAUAUAACACCCAUGUUCAUAUAAUGAAUAUAAAUUAGUUAUAAUCGUGUAAUCUCUGGAAAGACUUAGUUUAGGUUGGAUAAUAAAACACCGGCUCUAAAUUUACUUAUUAGACUGUGUGAUUGAAUCAACAAAGACGGCGCUAGGUCGUUAAGUGGGAGCUAA